GCGGCGAGUGGUGAAUGACCUCCCGCCCAGUGUGGUCUGUUGUUCAGAGCGGUGCGGGGGUGGGGCGCUGGCUCAGAUUUUUCAGAUUGAUGCUUUUUCGGGUGACUUAGUUCUUUCAGAACCAGAAUGGCAGUGUUGAGCAUUGUUUUUAUUGCACUUUUAGCAUCCUAUCAAGUAAGCUGCUCAUUAGAAGAUGAAUACUUCAAACUCUCUGCUGAAAGCAUUGACGGGGAAAUAGUGAAUUUCAGUCAAUUCAGGGGAAUGGCGACACUGGUGGUGAAUACGGCCUCGAUGUGCGGCUUCACGGACAGCCACCUGCGCGACCUGACGCGCGCGCACGACAUCCUGUCGCACGGCGGCCUCUUCAGUGUGCUCGCAUUCCCCUGCAACCAGUUCGGCGAGCAGGAGCCCGGCGACCCGCCGCAGAUCAAGCAGUUCGUGCUCGUCAACUACGAGUCAGAGUUCCCCCUCUUCAACAAGGUGGACGUCAUCGGCGAGAACGCGCACCCCGUGUUCAGGAACAUCAUCGCUCAAUCAUCGGCCCCGCCAGACUGGAACUUCUACAAGUACCUGGUGGACCACACGGGUCGAGUCACACACAGCUGGGGGCCCAGAGUGACCGUGGCCGAGAUCUUCGCCGAUCUGCAGAGCGCGGUGGACGCGGCUAAGGCGGCUCGCGGGACGGACGGGCCCGAACCGGCCGGUGACAAGGCCAGGGAGGAGCUGUGACGCCGGCGGCGCGCGUGACGCGGUCUUAGCGUGUCCAGCGGGGCAGCGCUGCGCGCUCAGCGUCUGCUCGCCGAGGCGUCAGCGCUGACCCCCGCAGCAGCUGAUGUGGUGAUGCGGCGUGGUCCAUGAGCUGGCUUGCGGGCGCGAUGUGAGGGAGCGCACUAGCUUCCGGAAGGGGUGUAUCCCCCCCCCCCCUCGAUUCGGUGCACCGGGAAGAUCUCGAGGGACAAGACGGUAGCGUCGAGCGGUGGAGCACUAUGCACCUUUCGGGGUUCACUAGAACGGUGCUUAACGACAAUAGUCGGCGACGUAAUGUGGACAUGGUUGCGUCGCGGUUAGUUACGCAUGUGCAAUGACUCCAGUGACUGGCAAGCCGGCUUUGUACCAAAUCACCGCUGCCGAAGCUCCACAAGCCGAAUGGGCCCUGAAACUGAUAUUUGAGAACGACAUUUGUGCUGAGACUACGGUCAGUUGGUCGGCAGCAGUGUGCGGCACUCGUCAGCAUGUGGUUGAUGGUUGACUGGUUGACUUUAACAUCUGGCUCCAACUCAUCACCGUCACCAGUUGGCUGAUGUUUUCAUACGGUAACUGUGGCAGGGUAAUAUUCAAAUGUCUUCCGCCAGGUUUUGUACGGUUAUGUUUAGUACUUGCACCACAUUGGUAAGAGAAUCUGCACUGGUUAAGAUUAUGCUAAUGCCGUAGCAUACAUUAGUGAACCAUGUGUUGUUUUUGGCGUCUCGUUAUUGCGUAUGCGUGUUAUUCGUGGGUGCUUCUGCUGACCGCUUUUGUGAACGUUUUAUUACUCAUUAAAUCUGGACGUUCGUAAU